UCGCAUCUGCGACCACACAGGGACGGCCAAGUAUAAAACCAGCGGACUAAUCGCACUGUCCCCUCAUUCCGAUCCGUCAGUGUCGCGCGCACGCUUCAAACCCGUCAAGCCAUGUUGCGCCGGUUGGUUUGGCUGUUGUUCGGUGGUGUGCUACCAUACGUGCUCGCGCUUGCCAAUCCACAUCCAUCAAUCGAUUUCGACGGCAUCGUAAACGCACUACAAUCAGCGAACUUGACGCGCCAGCUGCCCACGGGGACGCCGUGUGACCGCGAGCUGCUGGCGCUGGUUGCCGGCGUGCAGGCGAAAGAGUUUUGGGCAGUGAAAUUGCUGGACUCAUGGGGCAAAUGGCCGGCCGGUAUCUUCGCGGGAAACCUGUACGAGCUGGGACACUACGAUGAAUGCAUCGACCUGCGGCACGACUAUGGCGGAUCGCCUGCGACGGACACUCUAAGAGGCCGCUACUGCUUCCUGACCGUACCACUCACCGGUCUGGUUCCUUCCAAACGUCCAUCACCACCGGCCCAGCGCAUCAUGCCAGGCACUUCAGGUGGCCCGUUGGCCGCCCACCUCGGCGUAUGCAUCCCAGCCGCCUGCUCCGCCGAACAGUUCCAGCAGUUUCUCACGCGUAUCGUACCUAACCUUCCACCGGUGCAGCUGACCUGUAACGAGGUAGCUCCGGCACUCGGACCCGCCCAGUGGGCUGCAAUUGGAGUCUUCGGCACAGUACUGCUACUGGCGGCAGCGAGCACACUGUACGAAGCGGUGACGCUCUGCCGGCGCCAUACGCCGCACCCCAAUCUGGCCAUGUUUUCCCUGUACCGAAAUGGCCGGAAGCUGCUAGCGACGAGCCGGCGCAACCCGACGGACACGACGGUCAAGUCCAGCACGAUCGACUGCAUCCACGGCAUACGCGUCAUCUCGAUGGUGUGGGUCGUGUUCAGCCACAACUACGUGCGCAUCGGCAUGCAGCCGCUCUACAACUCGCACGUUAUCCUGUCGUGGCUCGAGUCGUACCAUAGCGUGCUGGUCGUAGCGUCCACUGUGUCGGUCGACACCUUCUUCCUGCUGAGCGGGCUGCUCACCUGCUGGAGCAUACUGAACGCACUGGACCGGCACGGUCGGCUCAACCUGCCCGUCAUGUAUCUGCACCGCUAUCUGCGGCUAACGCCGGCGCUGGCCGCGAUCGUACUGUUCGCCGCCACCCUGAUGCGGCACGCCGGCUCUGGCCCGUUCUGGGACGGUGCGAUGACCAUGUCGGAGGACCCGUGCCGCCGCUACUGGUGGUCGGCCCUGCUGUACGUGCAGAACUACGUCAACCCGCAGGAGGUGUGCCUCGGCCACACCUGGUACCUGUCGGUGGACAUGCAGCUGUACCUAGUGUCACCCUUCAUCGUGUACCCGCUGUGGCGCUGGGGCCGCCGCGUCCUUGCCGCGAUCGUCGCCCUCACCGUCGCCUCCAUGGUGGCCGUGCUGGUGCUGUUCUUCGUGCACCAUCUGCGCCUGUCCUUUCUGGCGGUGGACGAGGAGCGGCUGCGGCACGUCUACACCUACUACCCGACGCAUACGCGCGCCGGCGCCUGGCUGGUAGGCGUCUGCUUCGGCUACGUGCUGCAGCGCACCCGCAAACACUACGUCCCGCUGCCCCGGUGGUCGGUCGGGCUCGGGUGGGCCCUGGCCGCCACCGCCAUGCUCGCCGUCCUGUUCGCCGACCACCCGAUCCAGCAGCCGGACUACGAGCGGCUGCCGCAGGCCGUCGACGCCAUCUACGAGUCGCUCAGCCGGGUGUGCUGGGCGACCGCCGUCGGGUGGGUGGUGUUCGCGUGCGUCAACGGGUACGGUGGUCCGGUCGAUCGGCUGCUCGGGGCCACCGUCUGGCAGCCGCUCGGGCGCCUCUCGUACGCGAUCUAUCUGCUCCACCUCCCAAUCCAGCUGAUGAUGGCGGGCACGACGCGGCUACCGUACUACUUCACCGACCUGCUCGCCGUGUACCAGUUCUGGGGCGACAUCGGGUUCACGCUCACGCUUGCCCUGCUCUGGACGCUGCUGUUCGAGUCGCCGAUCAUUGGCCUGGAGCGGAUGCUGUUCGGGCGCCGCCGCGACCCAUCGAAACGCACGCAGCAGGAGAAGGGGCCAGCUAGCGUGGAAAAUGGCAACGAGGCAAGGGUGAUACCGAAAUCUCUCUCACUAACGUUACAAACCGCUCGUCUGUAGUAUCGCCCGUUCCCGUCCCCAUACGCUCCUGUCAUCGCAACCAGUUUUGUAGUUUAAUCUCCCAUUUUCUCUCACUCUCUAUCUCUCCAAACUCUUUGUUGGGUACAAACUGCUUCAGAUUCAAAGAGCAGAAUGAAUCUUUGAAAUGAAUUAAAGAAUUCGGUUCUCCGAUAAGCGAUUCCACGAGUCUAGAAGGUUUCAUUGCGUUGUGAAAGAGUUAUGAAUCUUCAACGAUUCAAGAACUUCAGAAAAAUAAUCCCAUAGAUCCUUGAAGCAUCAAGAACAGCUACAACCUCAUCUGGCAGAGCUAUCUUUAACAAUUAAUGAACUUCCAAAGGAUGUCAGAUGGUUGACGAUUCUUCAAGCAUCUGAUCUUCAAGAAACUUCUCAACUCGUCUGAUUCAAUUGGCAUGCUGGGUUUUAUGAAUCUUUCUUUAAGAUUUAUUCAUGUGAAUCUUCAGUGAUGAGUUAUUCGAAACUCGAAUCGAAUUUCCUAAAGAUCCGUGAAUCUCCAAGGAUCUAUAAAGACUGAUUAUUAUUCAAAGAUUCAUGAUCCUUCAAAGAUUGAUGGAUUUAUUCAUUUGUUUUCUUCUAAACAUUGAAUUUACGCCUUCCCAUGGUGCAUUGGUAAACUCGCCCUUAAUACCAUGCUCGUCGUGCGUUAAAGCUUCGCAUGGGACGUUUACCCGUAGCAAAACAAACUAUCCGGGUGCGUGUUUCUUGCCAAGAAGUCUUAGAAUCCUGUAUAGGCUGGCAUGACCACGUAGGUUGUUACGUCAAGAAGAACUAUAAGAAGAAGUUCAAGCUCUAUGAAUCUUGGGAGAUAUUUGAGGCCCUUGAGAUUCAUAAAUCCUUAAAGAUUCGUGAAUCUUUCGAGAUUCAUUAAUAAUUCUAAAUUCAUUAAUAUUUCGAUGUUCUUGAAUCAUUGAGAUUCGUGAAUCAUUCUAACCUAGCUCCAGACUCAUUGGAUCAUUUCAAAAAUUCAUACAGAUUCAUUAAUCUGAAUCAAAUUUACCCAACACUAAUACCGACUAGAUUUCCUGUGACAUGUCGCUGAUGUCACAAACGUGAACAGCAACUCUGCUGAGAUUCUUACAUUCUUGGGAAUCAAAAAUUUUCCCCUACAUCUGCCAUCAUAGAUUCGAUUGUCAAAGAUUCGUUCAGGUGAAAUAUUUGUCGUGUCUCACUGAGAGUUUAAAUAUCACGUAGCUUAAGACAAUCAUCAUCACACUAUUCAUAUCUAGUUUUUUAGAUGGUUCGUUGGUUAGUUGACUUGGGGACGCGCCUGCGCCGCCAAGACUCGUUUCGUCUACUGCUAAUUAUUAGAACAUUUAGAACAACACCGUAUGUUUCGUUGGAUAUAAUAGAUAGUUGAAAAAAAAAUAACAAAAUAAAUCUUUAUUGUAAACAGUAA